AUGGCUAUAUUUCUGGGGGGUAGCGUGCUGUACGCCGCAGCACCGAAUGUGGACGUCCUCCUCACCGGCCGAGUAUUCCAGGGCCUUGGUGGCUCAGGCAUGGUAUGGGCGGUUGGAAGCGCUGUGGGACCUGUUCUCGGUGGUGUAUUUGUUACGAAACUCAGCUCCCGAUGGUGUUUCUGGAUCAACCUAUCCAUCGGCGCCAUCUCCUUCGCCGUCCUCGUCGUCUACCUUCACGUCCUUAAUUCCCGAACACGCCGAAUUACCGGUCUAAAAACCAUCGACUGGACCGGCAUCCUCCUAAUCGUGGGCUCCGCACUAAUGAUCCUCCUCGCCCUCGACCACGGCGAUGUAUUCUACCCCUGGUAA